AUGGCUGCACAUUUGAUUACGGACAAACGCCUUUUAACUCACUAUUGCAAUAAGCUGGACACUAUCAUCUCAAGAUUCAAGGGCGAGGAACUUGAGACCCUUAACGUAGCCGCAGCGCAAGGAGAAUCAGCUUCUCAAUACACAAGGGAAAGUCUCCAGCGACUAAGCGAAGCAAUAGGAGCUUUAGAUACAGUGACGCACAACAUCAAACAAACAAUGACGGAGUACGCUACGAAAUUCACGGAGCUGGACUACCCGACGGAAAAGGACAAACAAGACUUUGAGGAAUAUUCAGCAAAAGCGGAAAAAGCGCUCAUUUCGGCCACCGAUUACUUACUGGUGCUGAAGGCAAGGGUUCACGCUUUCAUUGUGGUAAAAGCACAGCCAGAACACAACCAACACAGUGGAUCAGUCCAGUAUCUUGAGGAAGAAAUCUCCACAGACGAAAUGCUUGCGGUAUACAUGAAGAACACCAAGCCGGACCCAACACCUACUAAGCCGGAGAAAAGACGAUCUGACCGAACAAAAACAGGUGACACUACGGCAGACCAAGGAGCGUCAAGGAAGACAAGUCCACCGUUGAGCGAAGGGAAAAAACCCAAAGCCCGAGAUACGGAACGAAACCCAACGCAUAAAGAAACAAGAAAGGUAAACGCCCUCCAUGAAGACAACUCCGAAACUGAAGCUGUGUCUGCACUGGAUCUGCAACCAGUACACAAAACUAGAAGGACAGGCAAAUACCAACAACCAGUCACCCAUAUUAUUAUCUACGCUACUUUCCGUACCGAGGAACGCCGUGGGAACAAGGCUAAACGGAAAGGAGAUACUCAUCGCAGGAAAGCUGCUCAUAAGGCUUCAUCAACAGCAAAUAACCUCAAAAGUCAUCAACUCCAUGCAACGGCUGAAUAUCAAGAAAGAUGCCGAAGGCCUUUUCCGAUGUUAUGGACGAUUGGGAAACAGCGACCUAGAUGUUGA